GGGAGUCAUCGUUUGGAGUAGCUUGAGCCGUUUGCCAGAGGAUUAGAUCGAUCUUUGCUGUCGGCCCUAAUAUUGUCUUCAUUAUGACCUCUGCUGAGCCCCCUAACGGAAUGUGGCAUCGGAAAACCAACACUCAGCGGCAAGGUGCCAAAUCCAAUCAAGCUGAGAGUCAUGAAAAUGUGAAGGACGAUCUUAUCGAGUGGGAAAAAUACACAAAGAAACUAAAGACGAAAGUUUUAGAGCAGGUCCAGGAUCAGCUCAGAGACAUUCUUGACAAAGCUCUGACUGAGUCCAUCGAGCCUCCCGCCCACAUUCAAGCUGCACUGACUGGGAAAACAACAAAGAAAGAUUCGCACAGAUCUCAAAGGAUGGAUGAUGGCAAAGUGUUCAUGGAGAGAGCGUCACUGUUGGAUGAACUGUUUGAAAUCAGCCACAUUAGGACCAUCUACCACAUGUUUAUUGCUGUGCUCCUCAUCUUCUGUAUGAGCACCUUGGCUGUUGACUACAUUGACCAGGGCAGGUUGGUUCUGGAGUUUGACAUGUUGUUCUACGCCUUUGGGAAACUGGGGACGGUCACCUGGGCCUGGCUCGCUAUGUUUGUUUACACCCUCUUUGUCCCGUACUACAUCCUGGAGUUUUGGGGUUCUCUGUACCACAAAUUCCCCUCCAAGUUGGGGCUCACUCUUGGUGCAGGGCUGAUUCUUACUGCCAUACAGACCUGUGUUCUUGGACUAUUCCCAAUCUACACGGUUGUGCAUCACCAGCUGCCUCCAGCAUCUCGCUUCAUCGUGAUACUAGAGCAGAUUCGAUUCCUGAUGAAAGCCUAUUCGUUCAUUAGAGAAACGGCCCCCGUUAUCCUGAAGAACACACCAAAGGAAGGAGAAAAACCCAGGUUUCCAACAUUUUCCAGCUACCUGUAUUUCCUUUUCUGCCCAACACUCAUCUAUAGGGAAUUCUACCCUCGAAAUAAACGAAUACGUUGGGAAUAUGUUGCUGUCACUAUUGGCAAGAUUUUUGCGUGCCUGUUUUAUGGAUACUUCGUUCUGGUCCGUCUUUGUAUACCCGUCUUCAGACCAGAGACCAACCAACCUUUUAGCAAAAGAACAAUGGUUCUGGCUGUAUUUCACUCCAUAUUACCAGGAAUAAUGCUUCUCCUGCUGUGUUUCUUUGCCUUCUUGCACUGCUGGCUCAACCUCUUUGGGGAGCUGUUGCGUUUUGCUGACAGGAUGUUCUACAAGGACUGGUGGAACUCGACAUCCUUUGCAAACUAUUAUCGCACCUGGAAUGUCGUGGUUCAUGACUGGUUGUACUACUACGGGUACAGAGACUUCCUCUGGCUCUCCAACAGAAGAUUCAGAGCAGCAGCCAUGCUGUCCGUGUUCAUCGUUUCUGCAGUUGUCCAUGAAUAUGCUUUGGCCCUUUGCUUCGGUUUCUUCUAUCCUGUCAUGUUCUGCCUCUUUGCAGUUUUUGGAGUGGCUUUUAACUUUACGAUGACUGAUAAGAGACAGAGCCCGGUGUUCAACAUCAUCAUGUGGGCGUGUCUUUUCCUCGGUCAGGGGGUUCAGGUGUGUCUGUACUGCCAGGAGUGGUACGCCCAGAUCCACUGCCCACCCAGAGGGGAUAGUUUCUGGGAACUGGCGAUGCCUCGAUCAUGGUCCUGUAGCUAUCAGACAUGAAGCCAUUUUUCGCUGUCAUCCGGAGCAACUGAUGAACGGACCUGGAAACAUUAGCAAUACACUGAAAAGAAGAGAGAGCAAGAAAGAAGACAACUUAAACGACAUUGAAAUAGACAUCAGCAGACACAUUAAGAGCAUCACCAUAUACUUUCUUUUUGCACUGAUAGCUUGAAAAUAUUUUGUUACUUGUGAAUUUCUGUUGUGAGAAGUUUUCUCUGACCACAGAGAGACAGAACACAACACUAUUUCAGAGAGUUAGUGACUACUGAUAAUUAAAAUUAGAUGUUUCUGUUUUGGACCAGACUAUAUAAUUAUAUUACUUCAUCUAAUGCUAGACUGGUCAACUAAACAAUAAUUUACAGACCAAAAUAAGCAUUUAAAAGACAGCACAGGCAUUCUAAAUUCCAAUAUUGUACUUUUAAUCUUCAAUUCUUGUUAUUAGCUUGGUAGGAAAAAUAUCUAACUUAACUGGUCUCAUAAAUGCAUUGCUCAAACUGUUUUUAUAUUAAAAACAUUAUUUGAUCUUUGCAUGAUUUUCAUUUCCUUAUUUGUGAUAAUAACAACAAUGACAUCUUUUUGGCUAUAGAGCAUCUUUAAAGAGAUCCUGAACCUGUUAGAGCGUCUGGCCUGCAGAGAGCAUCACAACUUCAGUUCUGACAUGUUUGACAUUAGGCUUGCAGGGAUUGGUUGAUGGAGUGGCCAUGUAAACCAGCCAACCAACCACACUCUGUGGUGUCUCAGCACCAUGUCACAAAGCCUCUGACUGCCUGCUGUAGCAUCAUACAGGAAGAAGAGGAUUAACUUUGGUACUGUUAGCAUUAGUUAUGUAAUGCUCAGUAAGCUGAUUGAGCACAAUAAAAGAGCUCAGAGGGAAAUACAAGGCAGCUUUGAGGGGAGAGGAGAAUUGAGAUCGUGUGGGUCUAUGAUUUUUAAGAUUUUCUUAUCAUCAUGUUAGUUUGACAUUUCCUCACAAAUGUGCUUUUGUUUGCUUCAUCAAAAGGUUUUUGCUCAUUAGGUUUCCAUCAAAGAUGCAAUUCAAUACAAUGAAUUCACAGGAAAAUUAUUUUAUAUUUCCUGUAUAAGCUCUGGUGGCCAGAACAGAUGAGCUUGAUCUGAGAUUUGACGGUUGUCAGAUAUAUAAGACCUUUGAGGUUCUGCAGAUGUAACAAGUGCAGAUAUAAAAUGUCUAACUGCAAAUUUGUUUUCUUUGUUUUUUUUGCUGUGUGAAUUGAUGUUUCGAAAUAAAAGCUUUGUGUUCAGCUGCUUCCCAGUGAAUCAGAAAAUCAUUAAAAAGUUGUAGAAAUUCAUGAAAAAGGUGGAACUAGUGUUACUUAUAAAUUGAUACUUUUCAAGGGGAUUUUCUUUCUUUACACACCCAGGGCUUAUGCCUACUGUAGUCCUCUGUCUGCAGCAUAGGAGCUAUGUGGAUGACCCUUAGUGUGACAGGAUAUAUCAGCACAGCCUGCUUCAAAGUUUAACAAGAAUACAUGAUCUCUUCAUGAGUUAAAGUCCUCACCUUUAAAUUUAUUAGGUUUGACAAUGCAGAGCCAUAGCCAUCCAUUACGUACGUGUAACUUCUGUUUUGACAUGAAAACUGGCUCAGCUGUUCCUUUCCCAGACACAGCCCCCUGUAUAGCUAGUUUACUAUUAGCUUUUCUAACAUAGAAACUAGUUAUAGAUCCGUCCUGCUAUGUUCAUUUCUUAUGUCUGCUUCUAUCUCCUUGAAACCCCAGUUGGCAACUCACACACAGCCUGAUUCUGCUGGAGGUUUCUUCCUGUUGCUGUAAAAGGCAGUUCUUC